AGUUCUAGAGGCUGAGCGUUCCUUUCUCAGCGCCUGGCCACGCAGGCGCUCGCGGAUACCUGCCUUGCUUGGCGACGCAUCUGAAGAUUCGCCGCGGAGGAACAGUUGAGUCUCCAUCUGGCUACCAACCCACCCAAGCUUUCUUCUCCUCCAUCACCACCUUCCUGCCUCCCCCACCUCCCCCUCCUUUCCAUCUUCCCUCUCCACCCCCGCCCCCAAUCUCCUCCUCUUUUUCUCACUACAAGCGGUUGCUGAUGCUGAAGCCGAGCGUCACUUCGGCUCCCACGGCAGACAUGGCGACACUGACAGUGGUCCAGCCGCUUACUCUGGACAGAGAUGUCGCAAGAGCGAUCGAACUACUGGAAAAGCUACAAGAGUCUGGAGAAGUCCCAGUGCACAAGCUACAGUCUCUCAAAAAGGUGCUUCAGAGUGAGUUUUGUACAGCCAUCCGAGAGGUGUAUCAAUACAUGCAUGAAACGAUUACUGUUAAUGGCUGCCCUGAAUUCCGUGCGAGGGCCACAGCAAAGGCAACAGUGGCGGCUUUUGCAGCCAGCGAAGGCCACUCCCACCCUCGGGUAGUCGAACUGCCAAAGACUGAUGAAGGCCUGGGUUUUAAUGUCAUGGGAGGAAAGGAACAAAAUUCUCCAAUUUAUAUUUCCCGCAUCAUCCCCGGAGGGGUGGCUGAAAGACACGGAGGCCUCAAAAGAGGAGACCAGCUGCUAUCAGUGAAUGGAGUGAGUGUGGAAGGGGAGCAUCAUGAGAAAGCUGUGGAACUUCUCAAGGCUGCUAAGGACAGUGUGAAGCUGGUGGUCAGAUAUACCCCGAAAGUCCUGGAGGAGAUGGAGGCUCGUUUUGAAAAGCUGCGGACAGCACGGCGUCGACAGCAGCAGCAAUUGCUCAUUCAGCAGCAGCAACAGCAGCAGCAACAACAGCCACAACAAAACCACAUGUCGUAG